CAAAAAGCUACGCCGGGCACGUAUGCCACAGGCGGGGGCGCGGGCAGGUUGCUUCGCCCUCGCGCUGGCGAACCCCUAGGGGCCUUGCUGCGGUUCAUACUUACAAUCGCCCCACCCUCUCAUAUCCACACUUCAUCCCCGAACAGCGACGGUCUAGCUUUUGCUUUUCUUUUUACCACUGCAACCAUUUACAUUCAUUUAGAGAAAGCCUAGCUUUUGCCCAUUGCUAUACGAAGCUCUGUCGUUGUGUAGUUGGCGCCAUCGCUCCUUUUGGUAAGUCUGCAUCAUUGGCGCGCCGUCUUCUCCUGCAAGUGCAGCCGCGCAUCUAGUAGUAGAAGCCUUAUUUGAAACAUUCUCCACUCCGCAACCAAUGUCGAAGCCUGAUUUCCCAAAUCACCCGGAUGAGAAGGGGCGGAAGGUGGAUUUAAUUCGGGGCGCCAUGUACCACCGGCGCACGGGUUCGGAGAGAGAGGGGCGCGCCGACGGCGCAAACCGUGCGGAAUACAUCUGGGUCGGGGACUCGAAG